UUGGAAGUAGCGGCAAAAAAUUUCUCCGCAUUCCAUGUCUGCCCGGCCUGCACCUUGCCUGGGCUGCGCGUAAAAUGUAUAAACAAACACCUGGGCCUUCAUUCCGGCCCAUUUCAUUUCUCCCUCCCCGCUCACUUUCACUGAUCGUCGAUCCUACCGCGAGCAACGGCAGACUAGGUAUUCUCCGGUGGUUCAGUUACGGGCGGAGCAGCCAAAGGGUUCACGAAACCCCUUCUUCUCCUCCACCAAAUUCCGAUACAAUAGCCCGCCGCCUAACUCCCAUCAUCUCUACCACGAGUCUGUCGAAGGAAUUUCAACCACGUCGUGGUACGCCGUCGAAGCUAAUUGCUUUAAUUCCCACAUUUGUAUCUGCUUCGAGCUCCUGCCGCGAAGGGAGGGAAGAUGAACAAGUGAAGACCCAGUUAUCACACCAAUAUCUGCAAUCGAAUUGAAGUCAUCAUCCCAAUUCCACAAAGAACAGAGAUCGGACGUACCAUAGCCAAAGAGGCACGAUGCUUGAUCUUUUGCUCCCUAUUCAUGAAAUGGAUACAGUUGCCCGCUUCAUCAUCCGAGUCUUCACCGCUGCCUCGCCGCCUGCGCAGCCUUCGACUUUCACGGCCACUUUUGAUCCCAGCAAUCCGCUAGGGAUCGUGGAGAAACUCUUCGACUUCCUGGCCGCGGAGAGCGACUACCUCUUGAAGGACGUGGCGGAGAAAGAGAUCGCGGCGGUGGCGAAGGCUGCCAAGGAGAAGCGAAAAAGGAAGGAGGAGGUGGCGGAAAGAGAGAAGGCCGCCGCUGCUAAGGCUGCCAAGAGCAACAAUAGAUUGAAGGAGGAAGAGAAAGAGAGGAAGAAGCCCGAGAAGGAGGAAGAGAAGGGCUCCAGAGGCGACAACUAGGGCAGGUCAAGAACUCAAGAUAGAGACAAUGCUGCUAUUAGAUGAAAUGAUAGUUUUGCAGUUAGCGCAUGUUGAGGAGGUUGAGGUCUUGCGACCAGUCCAGUCAAUAUUCAAUAAUCGCUCACAUGAUUUCAUCAGUGCACUUGAAGUAGUGUAUUUUCACUUAUAGUUGAACUAGCUUAUAACCCGACGGAGGAGCUGAGCUGAAUAUUAAAUCUACGGGUUAUCCCAAUAAUUCAAUAUUUGGCUCAGUUCCUCCGACCAACGGGUCGGGUUAUAGGCUAGUAUUCUAAAUAAACACCAAGAAGAAGAACGAAGAAGAAUAUCAUAUGAUUUCUAAUUUAACUUAUAGUCAAGAACUGUCGUUAAGAACACGUAACCCAACCGAUCUAACCUCGAUUUCAUCAUAGGCUCACCAAGGCAAAUUACCCAUCCAGAGCGUCAACUCCUUGAGUUGGUGGCUUAAGUAACCGACUUAAAAUUAAUAAGGUGCAUGGUUUAAUUGAUAUAGUUAGUAUUUUGCUUUAAUUUAUCUAAAUAUGUCAUUAAAUUAAGUCAUUCACAUAUGCUUUGUG